UUAAUACUAAAACCAGGUCGACACCAAGAUCUGUAACUCUCUCUUAUCAUUUGUGACGUAAAACAUAAAUAACCUGGACGACUUCACCGCCUCGCUUUGCAUCUACCGCACUCUCUUAUUCCUUGGUGCAGUAGAUCCCGCUCUCUCUUUCCGAGAGGCUACUUUUUCCCGUGCUUAGAGAUGGUGUGCUGAGUGGAUGCUAUAGUAUAGAGAUUAGAGAGCAGUAAUACGAUGUAUAAUAGGAGUAGCCUUAGGGAGUCCCAGGUCGGCGGGAGGAAUGUUCCGGGGACGGGAUCGCAGAAGCAGCAGCACCGGCGAGGUCAAAGUUUGACUUUCCCUUCAAAGGAUACAGACGAGAAUCUCGAUCUCUUCUCCAAGAAUCUCCGUGGUCUGUCCGUUGCCUCCUCCGAUGUGUCCUCUGAUGCAGUUUCGGUUAAAUUGGGGAGGCUCUCGGUUGGAUCAGCUAAAUUGGCUAGGAGUGGAAUAGAAGAUCUGUUGUCAUCAGCUGAGGGAGAGGGAGGAAAGCACGAUUAUGAUUGGCUUCUCACUCCUCCUGGAACUCCUCAAUGUGAGGCUCAAUCAACUGUUGUGGCUCCAAGAAGCAGUGCCAUGUCCAGAUCUGUUUCAGCAACGAAGGCUUCCAGGCUAUCUGUUUCACAGUCGGAGAGCAACCAUUCUACACGACCAGCUAGAAGUAGUUCGGUUACUCGCCCUUCUGUCUCCACUUCACAAUUCAGUUCCUAUUCCUCGAGCAGAUCUUCUAACAUCCUAAAUACGAGCUCAGCUUCAGUCUCAUCUUACACUAGACCAUCAUCUCCCAUUACCCGCUCUCCCUCAACAGCUAGACCAUCUUCUCCAAUUACCCGCUCUCCCUCAACAGCUAGACCAUCAUCUCCAAUUACCCGCUCUCCCUCGACAGCUAGACCAUUGACCCCAUCUGCUCGGUCAACACCAUCAAGGUCAUCAACUCCUUCGAGAAUUCGUGCAAACUCCCCCAGCUCUUCAGUUGACAAGACUCGUCCAUCAGCCAAUUCAAGGCCAUCUACUCCAAGUUCCAGGCCUCAUAUACCUGCAAACUUGAAUUCUGCAUCUGCUAGAUCAAAUUCUCGUCCAUCAACUCCUACUCGUCGGAAUCCAGCUCCACCUUUGUCUCCUGCAGCUGGUUCUUCAGCUGGACGGGUUCUUUCAAAUGGACGCAAUCCCGGACCAUCUUCUCGAUCGAGCUCCCCAAGCCCACGAGUCCGGGCCCCUCAACAGCCUGUUGUUCCUCCUGAUUUCCCUCUUGACACACCACCAAACCUUAGAACAACUUUGCCAGACAGGCCGCUUUCUGCUGGUAGGUCACGGCCUGGUGCUGCUGUCACUGUGAAGGGGAGUCCUGAACCUACAGCUCCCGCCAAUAUGCCAAGAAGACAUUCUUCACCUAUUGUUGCAAGGGGGAGACUUAUCGAGCCCCCUGGAAGGGGACGAGUGCAAGCUAAUGGGCAUGUUGAGCCUCGAAAGGCGUUACAUACUUCUGAGUUGCCAAUGCGAAAACCUGUCAAGUCUUCAACCACGACAACAGAGAACACUGGAUUUGGGAGGACAAUUUCUAAGAAAUCACUGGAUAUGGCUAUCAGACAUAUGGAUAUAAGAAAUGGCACAGGUGGUGUACGUUCACUAUCAGGAACCACACUGUUUCCUCAGAGCGUUCGGUCUGCUGCACCAAAAUCCCAAUCUGCUCGUUUCUUGGAAUCCUGCAACUACGAUGGAAGCAUGGAAAAUGGAGACAUCUCAGAGAAUGGGAGCCAUAGUAGUAGGCAUUCAGAAUCUGGAAACGGAGCAGACAACGGAAGAUACUCUGCCAUCGAUGAUUGCUCUCGUUAUGAUGCGAUACUGUUAAAAGAGGACUCUAAAAACACCAGUUGGCUGCAUAGUGUUGAUGAUGACCAAGCAUCAGUCUUUGACCAUGGAUUUGAACCUCCGCCUGAACCUUUUGGCAUGUCAUAACAUUUCGGGAGAGGGCGAUUUGUUUCCCUGGUAUUCUCUUCUUGAAGUUAUAUAUAGUUAUAUACAUAUAGUUUUCUCAUAAUUAUUUAAUCAUUUGAGAAAAUGAAAUGUAUUGGUUUUGUAACUGAGAACCAAAUGAAUUGAAGAGGAAAUCAAUAUCUUGUGCAGAGAAAUGGUUUUAUCA